GAGGGCGGGGAGGUAGAGACACAAGCAUGCGUAUGUGAAGAGAGAGAGAGAGAGAGAGAAAGAGAGGGAGAGAGAGCUACAACAGGAUAUUUUGUCACUAUGGUUACUGGCAGCACAUACGGAUCUUGAUUUCUGUGUGUCAUGUCCUCACUCCGUGUGGCGUGCUGGGGGUGAGUGUCAGGGCAGCUCUAACAGUUGAGACAAACUUUGUUCCAUGUUGUCUGGAUCCGUUUGAGCAGAGUCCAUCCAAGAGCUGCUGGUUCCUACAAUAUCCAAAAUGGGUUCCACCGCUGCACCUGUGACCUUGACCUCCUCGCCCGCCAACAACAGCUCCACCUGCAACACCCUGUACGACCACCGGGACUACGCCAGGGUCUUCAUACCCAUUCUGUAUUGUACUGUGUUCAUCGUGGGCCUGCUCGGGAACUGCCUCGCCCUUCACGUCAUCCGUCCCAACAUGAAGAAAAUGAACUCCACCACCUUAUACUCCCUUAACCUGGUCAUGUCCGACAUCAUCUUCACCCUGUCGCUGCCCUUCAGGAUCGUCUACUAUGCUCUGGGCUUCCACUGGCCCAUGGGCGAGUCUCUGUGCAAGAUCUCGGGCUUCAUCUUCUACAUCAACACCUACGCGGGGGUCAACUUCAUGACCUGCCUCAGCGUGGAUCGUUUCAUCGCCGUGGUCCUGCCUCUGCGCUUCGCCCGGCUCAGGAAAGUCAGCAACGUGCGCUACAUUUGUGUUGGCGUUUGGCUGCUGGUCCUGGCGCAGACCCUCCCCCUCCUCGGAAUGCCCAUGACCAACGAAGAAGCCGACGGCCACAUCACCUGCAUGGAAUACCCCAACUUUGAGAAGGUCGACCACAUUGCCACUAUACUGAUUGGUGCUGUCUUCCUGGGUUACGUCAUCCCUGUGAUCACCAUCCUUAUGUGUUACGCCGUCUUAUGUUCCAAACUCCACCUAACAGCCAAGAACAACUACUUGACAGAAAGGUCGGGCCGAAGUCGCAAGGUCAUCGGCGUGAUCUGCUGCGUGUCUCUGGUGUUUGUCGUCUGCUUCAGCCCCUAUCACAUCAACAUCCUGCAGUACAUGAUCCGCAAGCUGGUGUCGGGCACCGACUGCGCCGAUCUCACAGCCUUCCAGGUGUCGCUGCACAUCACCGUGUGUCUGAUGAACCUCAACUCCUGCUUGGAUCCAUUUAUCUACUUCUUCGCCUGCAAGGGCUACAAGAGGAAACUGAGGAAGCUGCUGAGGCUGCAGGUCAGCAGGUCCUUCUCCAGCGUGGUGAGGACGUCACCCGAGGGCUCCUCCAAGGAUAUUAUCGAUGGCAACAAGAUCCAACUCAACUGCUCCACAACGGGUGCAGCUAGCGACAGGCUCACAGAGAGGAGGAUAUACGUUAGCGAGCAAAACGACGAAUAAGAUGUGAGAAACGUUUGCCUCUCAGUGGGACUGUUCCAAUCAGGUCUCACACAAACUGAUCUGAACAUUUAUAUGAACUCAACCAUGUCAUCAUAGACUCUAAGCAACCGGGGAAAUCAGUUCCAUCAACAUCUCAAGGAAAAGAAAAUUGUUUUUGAAAAAUAAAAUAAGGCGUCCUGUCGAGCAUGUUGAAAGUGAACACUGAAGUGAGAAGGAGCUGAAAGAGACGUUGAUGAACAUGUGCAACAUUUUCUUUUUUAAAUCUAGGAUUUAAUAUUUGCGGUCAGACCUCACAACGGAUCCAUCCUCAUCUGUUAUUUUAUUUUUUCAGGAAGUGAGUUGUAAAGAUGGAAGUGAAAUCACAUUCACACACAUUGAGAUUCAGUUCAGUUGUAAAUUCUCACUUCUCAGGUUCAUCAUCUCACUAUCGGCAGAGUCACAUCAUCAUUUCAGCUGCUUUAGAAUUAGUUUGCUGAUGCUAAAAUGGACGUGAACACAAACACGAUGGUUCACCCAGAAAUGAAAAAUUCACUCAUUAUCUACUCAGCCCUCGGCAGAGUUAACUAUAGUAGAUAGUGAAUUAGGGGUGGGUGAAGUGUUUAAGUCCACAAAACACUUCAGUUUCAGGGGUAAACAGCCUUGCAGCCGAAUCAAUACAACUGAGGUAACUUGCGAGUACUUCUUCAAACGUAAAGAAAUACAGAAAAAAACAAAAAUGCCUCCAUACUCCUCCUGUGGUGUCAUCCAAGUAAGCUGCGUCGUUCAAAGUAUGGCGAAACGGCGUCAUUUACAUAUAUGAAGGAUAUCCUUUGAUAUCCUUCUGAUUACUUUUGCAGUUCUCUCGAGAUCUUGUCAUAGGGUCUUGAUUGCCCCCUGGUGGCUAUAUGCAGUAUAGGCCAUUAACCCUGCCUCCUCCAUUUUAACAAAUGUGACUGGACCAAGUUACAAUGUUAAAGUAGAUGUAAAAUAAAUUGUUCUCAAAGAUGGUUUCCAUCAUUUGUCACGGUAGCUCUUAUCACACUGAUGUAUGUCCAAGUGUUCCUGUUCUGGUGAGGAUUGUGUAGCUCACUCACCUGAACAACGUGGUGAGAGGUGAGGGCCACACACAUCAUGUCAAAUGGAUGUGUCGUCUGUGUUGACUUUAGGUACAUGACCCUGAUUAAGAUGCGGAAAUGCAAAGGUGGCUUGUUUAGAAGCUUUACUGUUGUUGUAAUGGGACCUUUCACUCCCAUGCAUCCCACAUAGCAGCCUUGUUUCGGCCCAGUCUCGGCCCACACUGUCAGAUUACCACAUUUUCAUUUGACCCACAUACUGUUUCAACCAAAGGUGCCAAAGGUGGACCGGAUUUUGUUUUAUGCUUGUUUUAUGAAACACCCUUGCGAAAAAAGGCCCACAUUUAUUUUAAGAUAUUCACUGUGGUGCGACAGGGCUGUCCCAUUCCAACGGCUCCUUCAAAUGCGGCUGACAAAUACAGCGUCCAACAGAAGCGAAUGGUCCAACUUGUGGAUCCUUCCCGGGAUUCAUUGCGCUUCAACGACAAACUGCUUAUCAAAGAGGCAACUGUGACGGCAAACCCCCCAAAGAACCUGACAUAUAUAUAUACAGUAUAUAGUCUAGACUAUGAAUGGCCAUGAAGGCCUCCUCCUCCUCCUCCUCAACACAGAUAAUUAUAAACUCAUUGUAAGUGAAACUGUUAAUAACUGUUUUUUUUCUGAAUUUGUUCAAAUGUUUGAGCCUAUUAAAAUAACAUCUGAAAUAAAAUAAUAUUUAAAAAUGA